AUGAGUCCCACACCUCCAGUGACCCGGGAUKGCUUUGAAUACUACAACCGUGAGUUCAACGCCAUAUUGCAUGAUAAGCCCUACCGUCGCCAGAGCGUCGCUGAAUUCAAGGCCUUCUUCUUCUCGUCGUCUUCGAAAACGUCUGUCCAGGACCAGUCUGCUCACUGGCUGGAAAAAGAAUUCAAACAGGAGUGGGAUACGACCCAGAAGACAGCCACGGAAACUUGUUGCAAGCCGGCAAAUCGCAAGGCUAAUGUUGCUUUUGAAGACGCGAUGAACAAAAAAGAUCCUUUUGCUAUCCUGGCCGCUGCAAGGGCCGCAGAACCUAGUUUGAGCAUCAUUGUCAACCUUGGGAUCGUGGAGGAUAGAAACGGUCAACUCCCUUUGAAACGAACCAAGACUGAAGAAAAGCAGAAGAACGAAGAGAAUUCCAGGAAGAAACCAGCGCAAAUAGAUUACGGCGAGAUUCUUCAAACGCAACGGAUAAAGCUCGGCCUUCUUAACGGAUCGUACGAGGUCGACUUGCAAGAAGGCAACACUCGCAAUUCAGGAAUGGUCCUCUAUCUGUACAGGACGCGCAUCUGA